AUGCACUUUGAAUGGGUAAAUGAACUGUACGAACUGUACACCCCCGUUAGACCCUUUUUGUAUUCAGAUAAGCAUAAACUACGCAAGAUGCAUGGCCGGAAUAAUGAUGGUAUACUCGAUUCUCCGUUUUGGUCACAUGGGCACCUACCUGAUUCCGAAAAUUCCAGCAACACUCAGCUGGAGACGCGUAUUCGCGAUAACCGCGUUCUUCAUAAUAACCGGACAUCUAAUGCACCCUUAUUGUGUAGGUUUCCAGUAUCCAAAAGUGUCAAUCAACAAUGACAAUAUUUGUUUCAGGUCCAGAAUAACAUCAGGAUCCACAUCUACUCGUAUCUUGUAAGCAUCGAAGCAUUCAUCUGGUACUCGGCCGACGAAUUUCAUUUUGUUCCGUCUUUCCUUGAAUCUGAUCCGGAAUUGUUCGAAAAGUUCAGCAAUGUCACUGUGCAUGCUAAGAAAAAAUAA